GACAACGGUCGAGUUUGCAAGAAGUGUGGGCACCAAGUCCGCCUCCACAGGGCCAGGUCCAAGUCCCCCAAGAGUGUUUCCUUCGAUAUCGGCAAGAAUCAGUUGCUCAAACCAGGGAAGUCUAUUCUGAAAGGAUCUGUCGCACAGGCCACGACGAAGGCUCCAUCGGUGAGGGAGCUCCUGGUCAACGCCAUCGCUGCCGCUACGGACCCGAAGUUGCGCGACACCCUGCAGGCGGAGCUGUCCAAGCUCGAGGGUGAGCAGCAGGAGCCCGUCUGGGAAGAAUCUGCAGCGGAAGCAGUACGUCGCGCCGAUUCAGCAUGGAGGGAUGCAGAACACAAGCGCAAUCAGUCGGUGAAGUCAGUCAUGAGGCUCAGGCAACAGCUCACCGCCGCCGAGGACAAAGAGAUGGCAGCGGCCACUGCCCUCGCAGAGGCCACGCUGAGCAAGCAAGCUGCUGCCAAACGUCUCGCUCAAGCCGACGGCGUGGCCGAGGCCGGGUUAAUCAAUUUGUCAUGGGAUGCCACUAUCUUUGAUAACUUGGAAGAUUUUGAUAAGAGCAGGAUGAAGAAGAAGAGGAAGUCCGACACCCCGAGUGGCGCCGAGAAGGAGGAGAAGAAGGAGGCCAAGGAGGUCUGCGCUGCGGCUGUCAAAGCCGAGGCCGAGCGCCUAUCCCGAGCCAAGUUCGUCGCAGCCGAGGCCAUGGGCAAGGGGGAGUCGGCCAAG